UUGAUCAUUUCUUUUUCAGAGACGGUACGCAACCACACAGCAACAACAUCCCUCAUCAGGAAUGUUACAUCAUCUGGACAUCAUUCGAAUACUACGAUUGGACCUAUUCUACUGAAUACAACCGCACCCUCUCUCUCCGGGAACACAAGCCAACAUGUACAUCAGUUGAACACUACUACAUCGCCUCAACCCUUGCACAUAACGAUAUCUCCAUCGAACACAACUCAACAUGAUCCUAACUGUGGAGCAAACGAAGUAUAUUUCACUCAAUGCCUGUGCCUCAUUGCCAAACAACUUGUAGAGGAGUGGAAGAGUGCAGUGCUAGUCACGGCCCCACAUGCACCUCAGGUUGUACCUCUCCUGGGUGUAAAAAUAACGAGACAUGGUCAAAAUGUGCAACAUGUGAACGGAAAUGUGCUGACACAAAUCAGAUCUGCACUAUCUGCUAUUCCGGAUGUGCGUGUAACGAAGGAUAUGCUCGUAACUCGUCAAACCUCUGCACUCUCGUUGAUCAUUGCAAUUGAAUGCAUUUACUUGGUGGAAAUUAAUGAAUCUGUUGGCACUGUGGAAUUCUGUUCA